AUUUUUAUUUUAGAUUUUAAUAAUUGUGUCAUUAAAUAAUUAUGUUAGACAUAAAUAAUAUAAAAAAACUCAGCUAAUUAAUAUAAAUAUGUAACAUAUCUUGCCAUAUUAUACAUGUAUUGCAUUGUAUAAUUUUUUCACUCAUUUUCGAUGAAAGUAUAUAAUAUUAUAAACAUAUAUAUUUCAUCGAAUCGGAGAAAAUUACAAUAUAAAAAUAUAAUAAAAAUUCGAAUUCUAAAUUUAUUUUCAUCAUAUAUUAAAAAUUAAAUUGAUAUAAAAUGAUUAAUAUAAAUUAUAUAUAGCAUUAUUGCUAAAUUGAAUAUCAAAGAGCCACAAGAUCAAAUAAAAUCGAAGUAUAUUUAUUUUCAUAGAUAUUCAGUGUUAGAGGUGUGAUACUUUUGAUCAAUGUAAAGAGUAUCUUUUUUUUGAAUGUUAAAUCUAUCGAAAUCAACUAAAUGUGACAUUCGAUUAUCAAUAAUAAUAUAUUUCAUAUUUAAUAGUAUUUCAUGUACAUAAAAUUUAAAUCAUUUUUGAACAUAUAAUUAAGACUGUAUAGUUAAAUUAAAAAUAUAUAACCUUAUAUAUUAUAAUAUUAUAAUUAUAUAUCAUUAUAGUAUUAAUAAAAUAAUAAAUAAUAUAUAAGAAUUAUUCAAAUUUUUGAUAGCAAAAUAAAAAAUAAUGAUUUUUUUUUCUGAAAAGAUGUAUAAAUUUUAAUUAGUAUUUUAAUAUUUAUCUAUAACAAUAAUUAAUGUUGUGUUAAUCUGAAAUAAAAUUUUAUUUAAUAAAUAAAAAAUAUUAAUAUUUUAUUUUGUAUUACAUAUCUUGCAACAAAACAAUUAUACUUAUAUACAAAAAAGUUGAAAAACGAAAUAUUUCAUCAAUAUAAAAAUAUGGAUAUUGAUGAGGAACAAGUUAUUGAAUAUCGUAUAAUGAAUGCAUGUACAAUGGGUCAAUUAGAAAUUAUUAAUGAAUAUCUUGAAUCAUAUGAUAUAAAUAAAUUUUUAUACAAUGGAUGGACUCCACUUUUGUAUGCUACAUCUAGUGCACAAUUAGAUGUUAUUAAAUAUCUUGUAAACAAUAAGGCUGAUGUUAAUAAACACAAAGAUGGUUAUACACCAUUAAUGGCAUUAUGCAGUUCUAAUAAAGGAACAAUAGAGCAACGUAUAAAAUGUUUAACAAUAUUAAUUGAAGCAGGUGCUAAUGUAAAUGCAAGCAAUAAACAAAGACAAACACCUCUAAUGUAUGCUUGUAUGUCACAAGAAUUAAAAUUUGUAAUAGAAUUAAUUAAAUAUGUAAAAAAUAUUAAUGCAUAUGACAAUAGAAAACAAACUGCAUUGAUGUAUGCAACAAUAGCUAAUAAACCAGAAAUAGUCAAAAUAUUAAUAGAAAAUAGAGCGGAUAUCACAUUAACUGACUUCAAUGAUUUAACUGCAAAUGAUAUAGCUUCUAUGAAAGGAUAUGAUAAAAUAUCAUCAUUACUAAACUUUGAUGAAGCAGAAACGAUACCUACUUAUCAAAUAUCUAAAAUGUGUAAUUGGAAAGAUAUGUUUCCAUCGUUAAUUAACAUAAACAAUCAAACUGUAGAUUUUGAUAUAUUUACAAUUUUACAUGGAAUGGGUUUAGAACAAUAUACUUAUAUUUUUCAAGGAAUAAAACUUACAGAAUUUUUAACGUUAACUGAAAACGAUUUAUAUCAUUUAGGAAUGGAUAUUAAAGUACAUAGAAUUCAAUUUAUGGAAUGUCUUCAUAAAUUUCAUAGGAAAAAAUGGAGUAUACAAAGUAUUGGUAUUAUCAAUAAAUCGUUACCUUAUACAUUAUACGAUGGUGUAAUUUCAUUAGGUAUAGUAUCUAAACAAAUUGCUAUUAUUGGUUCUAGUUUUCAGUACAUUAAAAACAGUUUGUUAAAAGCAAAUAAUGAAAAUAUAUAUUUAACUAAAAAACAAAUAUUUAAUUACAAGCAAGAACUUAAAAGGACUCAAAAAACUCUUAAUUCUUUAAAAAAAGAACUUGUACAAAUAAAAAUACUUUCUAAAAAGAUUCAAGAAAAAAAUAAUGAUAUUGGUAUGCCAGCAGCAUAUAUUGGUCCAAAAAAAUAUAAAAUAAAUUGGUUUAUGUUUUUAAGCAUUACAUUAAUUAUAGGAGUUUAUGUAUCUAAAACAAUUUGCAUUCAAAAAUUAAUACAUCAUUGAAAAUACAAUUGUAUUUAUUUAAAAUUUUUAUAUAUAAUUUUUUUUUAGUAUUUUUUUUCAAUUUCACUAAUAAAUUAUUUAUAAGUAAUAUUAUUUUUUAUGAAUAUAGAAAAUUAAAAUACAUAUAUGUAUUUUUUAUAUAGUAUAAAUUUCACAAAUUUUGAUGUUCAUUUAAUUUGACUAAUUUUUUCAUUAAUGGAAAUAAUGGAUGGAAUGUUGGAAGAUUCUGUUGUCUAACUGUUAAUUGAUAACGUUCCAAUGAUCCACUACAAAAAGCUAAUCGAUCUCUUUCAUUUGGAUGCUUAUCCAUCCACUGAGAUAAACGGCUUAUAGACCAACCUGUGCUCUGUAUUAAUAACAAUCAAUGAAUUAAUAAUGAUUAAAAACAUUUAAAAUUCAAGGUAAUUCAUUAAAAAUUAAUAAUAAAAAUAUAUAUAUUUAUAUUUUCAUACCUGAUGUGGAGAUUCUAAUUCAGAUGGAGCAAUAGAAAAUAAAUGUAAAAGAACAAGAGAAGGAGGUACACCACAAUCUCCUUCUCCUUCUAAAACCUUUUGUACAAUUUCAUCAGCAUUAAGUGGAAGCAAUGCUUUUAAUGCUCGCAAUGUUCUAUAUUGUUGUUGUUCUGAUGAUCCCAAUUGUCCUCCUCUACAUAAUAAAGCAACAGCUACUUCUAUCUAAAAAUAAAAAAAUAAAAAAAAUUUAAAUUUAAAUAUAAUAUAUAAUUCUAUAUAUUUUAACAUACCUGGCUAAAAUCAACAAUGAGUUUAGCUUUUCCAAAAUCAGUUAAUGGUCUUAAUAAACAAGCAUGUCUUACAAAAAGUUCAAUACAACGCGAAGCAACAGAUUUACAACUAAAAAAACAAUUUUUCUAUUAUAUUUAAAAUAUAAUAUAAUAUAAUAAUAUAAUUAUAAUAAUCUUUUUAAUUACCAUUCAGCAACUACUGUUUGAUUUUUAUAUGGAAUAAGAAAUGUAUUUACAGAACGUAAAAUAAAUCCUUGCAAUUCACGCAUAUAAA